UUGCCAGUUCAUCUGCAGGGCGAGCAAAUUUGUUAUUUUGAUGAGACAAUGAAUGAAGAAGAGAUCUUAGAGAGAACAAGAAAUUGUUCUGAGUUAUUAGCUUAUUUUGAUUUGAAUAAGAGAAAUGAUACUUCGAAGGCUUUACUGUAUCAUCAGUUGCCUGAAAAGUUUUGUUUUAGUAAAGGAAAGUGGACUGAGAGAAAGUCACAUUUUAACGCAAUUGGUCGUAUGGUUAAAGUAUCACCGGCUGAGCCGGAACGAUACCACCUACGGCUAUUGUUGUUGAAUGUGGUAGGAGCUUCCUCUUAUGAGGAGCUCAAGACUAUUAGUAGUUCAGACGGCUCAGUUAAAGUCUGUACAACCUUUUCUGAAGCAUGUCUUGAACGAGGGUUAAUUAGAAAUGAUGAAGAGUGGAAAAAGGCCUUGGAGGAGGCAGCGAGUUUUGAGAUGCCCAGAAAAUUGAGAGAUUUUUUUGCUUUGAUUUUAGUCCACUGCAAUCCUUCUCAACCGGAGGAGCUUUGGUUGAUGUUUAGAGAUUUCUUAGCGGAAGAUUUUGUUAGAAAUUUUUCAAAAGAAUUAGCAUAUGCGAAAGCAUACAGAGAAAUAGCUUUGAGUAUUGUA